GGUUCUGGGCUGAGGCCAGGGACUGUCCGGAGCUGAUCUCGGGUUCCCAUUGGCCGCUGUCUUUCGUGACGUCACGAUCAUGAUGAGAAUUGAUGAUCGGACACGCUGAUUUCAUUGUCUGAGGCGGCAGUGGAGACCCAGGAAAAAAUCUUGCGGAUUCCGCCUGCUCUGGCCCUGGUCUCAUCUUGGAACCUCUGAUCUCUUCCGUGACCACACCACGCCCGAGAUGAAUCUACGUUCUGUAUUUACUGUAGAGCAACAAAGGAUUUUACAGCGUUAUUAUGAAAAUGGAAUGACAAAUCAAAGUAAAAAUUGCUUUCAGCUCAUAUUACAGUGUGCACAGGAGACUAAGCUGGACUUCAGUGUAGUCAGGAUCCUGCUUGUAGAUCCUGCUUGUCCGGUUGAAGAAAGUCAGUACGUGGGUUAUACCACACAGAAGCCAGGCUCAACUGAAGGAACUUGUUUGUCCAUUGCAAUGGAGACUGGAGAUGCAGAGGAUGAAUAUGCCAGAGAAGAAGAGCUGGCAUCAAUGGGAGCACAGGUAACAAGCUACUCAAGGUUUUAUGAAAGUGGCAAUUCCCUUCGAGCUGACAACCAAAGUACAACUUUGCCUGGACCAGGAAGAAACCUGCCAAAUUCACAAAUGGUGAAUAUUAGAGAUUUGUCAGACAAUGUACUGUAUCAAAAUAGAGACUACCAUUUGACACCACGGACCUCAUUGCAUACAGCAUCUAGUACUAUGUACAGUAAUACUAAUCCAUCACGGAGUAAUUUUUCUCCACAUUUUGUAUCAUCGAACCAACUGAGGUUAUCACAAAACCAAAACAAUUACCAGAUUUCAGGAAACCUUUCUGUGCCUUGGAUUACAGGGUGUUCUAGGAAAAGAGCACUACAGGACCGCACUCAAUUCAGUGACCGAGACUUGGCUACUCUUAAGAAGUACUGGGACAAUGGUAUGACCAGCCUGGGCUCUGUAUGCAGAGAGAAGAUUGAAGCUGUUGCAACUGAAUUAAAUGUCGACUGUGAAAUAGUUCGGACUUGGAUUGGGAAUCGAAGAAGAAAAUACCGUUUAAUGGGAAUUGAAGUUCCACCUCCAAGAGGAGGCCCUGCUGAUUUCUCUGAGCAGCCUGAGUCUGGUUCUUUGUCUGCACUCACACCAGGAGAGGAAGCUGGGCCUGAAGUAGGAGAGGAUAAUGACAGAAAUGAUGAAGUGUCCAUCUGUUUGUCCGAAGCAAGCUCUCAAGAGGAGUCCAACGAACUUAUCCCAAAUGAGACCAGGGCACAUAAGGAUGAAGAGCAUCAGGCAGUAUCCGCAGAUAAUGUGAAAAUAGAAAUUAUUGACGAUGAAGAAAGUGACAUGAUAAGCAAUUCUGAAGUAGAACAAGAAAAUUCUCUCCUGGAUUACAAGAAUGAAGAAGUCAGAUUCAUUGAAAAUGAGCUAGAGAUUCAAAAGCAAAAAUACUUUAAGCUCCAGACUUUUGUUAGAAACCUGAUUCUCGCUAUGAAAGCUGAUGAUAAAGAACAGCAGCAGGCACUGCUGUCAGAUUUACCUCCUGAAUUAGAAGAGAUGGAUUUCAGUCAUGCCUCACCGGAUCCUGAUGAUACCUCAUUCAGUGUGUCUUCUUUAUCAGAGAAAAAUGCCUCAGACAGUUUGUGAUUGGGAGUGGGGUAUAUGAUAUAGUCUGUUGGUUGCCUAACAGGUGUGCGUUUCAAGAUAACUGUACUAUGUUUUUCAAAUAGUCUUAAACUGGAAAAACACAUUGUUAAAGCAGACAUGUGCUGUGAAGGAAUGACAAGAUAUAAUGGCUACAACACACACAAAAAAACAUGUAAAACACUUGAAACGGCUUGUUUUUAAAACUUAUAUGAAAUCCUUGGAAAUUAUUUUUAAUUUUGAUCUACUCAGCUAUGAAAUCUAUUAUAUCUGAUUUCUGAAAGAUUUUUUGCUAUUCUUUAAGGAGAAUCUUAAUUUUAUCCAGAAAUACAAAAUAAGGAUAUCUCCACAUUCCUAAGUUGCUAACACUUGGUUAGUUUUAUUUUUGUAGCCAUUACGUCUUUCUUCCUACUUCAUUUUCUUAGCAUUCGUAUACAUUUUUACUCAGGAAAGUGGGCUAAAAAUUUAAAACAGACCUAAUCAUAUAUAUAACCUGGAUGAAUCAGAAGAUUUAUUUUUCAACUCCUAUGGGAAUUUGACCUAAGAUAAUGAUUGAAAAUUGAAGCAAUUACUAGGAUAUACUUGUAAGUUGUUGGUAUUCCUCUGACACUGGGGAGAAGGGAAAAUCCUCUGAAAAGUCGAUUCAUUGUCAAAUGUCAAAACAUUUAGAACACAAAAAACUGUACUUUAUAAAAAACACUUUUAAUCUCAAUUCUUUUUUUUACAGUAAGUGAAAAGUAUUGAUUAUUCAUAUCCUACCAUAUAGUAAAUUUAUAUAAUUAAGUCAGACAAAAUAUUGCACAAAUACUUAAAGUUUACCAACAUUUUCAUAGUAUUUUUCAUAUCUUAAAAUUUGUGAAACAGGAACUCAAAGUAUGCCACUGA